GUGCUGAUCCCGAUCUCCUUGUAUGUGUCCAUUGAGCUGGUAAAGCUCGGGCAAGUAUUCUUCCUGCACAGUGACCUUGACCUGUACGAUGAAGAAACUGAUUUGUCCAUUCAGUGUCGAGCCCUCAACAUCACAGAGGACCUGGGCCAGAUCCAGUACAUCUUCUCUGACAAGACAGGGACCCUGACAGAGAACAAGAUGGUGUUCCGGCGUUGCACCAUCAUGGGCAGCGAAUAUUGUCACCAAGAAAACGCCAAGCGACUGGAGACCCAAAAAGAGCUGGACUCGGACAGUGAAGAGUGGACCCAAUAUCAAUGCCUGUCCUUCCCAGCCAGAUGGGCACAGGGCCCAGCAAUGAUGAGAAGCCAAAGAGGUGCCCAUCCUCUAAGGAGGAGCCAGAGUGUCCGAGUGCCCAUGCAGGGCCACUCCCGACAAAGGUCUGUGGGGCGCUGUGAAAGCUCACAGCCCCCUGUGGCAUUCAGCAGCUCUGUUGAAAAAGAUGUGACUCCAGAUAAGAACCUUCUGACCAAGGUGCGAGACUCUGCUUUGUGGCUGGAGACCUCAUCAGAUGCCAGACCUGCCAAGCCUUCCCACUCCACUACCUCCUCAAUUGCUGACUUCUUUCUUGCCCUAACCAUCUGCAACUCCGUCAUGGUGUCCACCACCACUGAGCCCAGACGGAGGGUCACCAUCCCACCCUCCAACAAGGCUCUGGGGACAUCGCUGGAAAAGAUUCAACACUUGUUCCAGAGGCUGAAGCUCUUGAGCCUGAGCCAGUCCUUCUCAUCCACUGCACCUUCUGAUGCAGACCUGGGGGAGAGUUUGGAGCCCAAUGUGCCCACCAUGGACUCAGAUGAGAAAGAUGACACAUCCGUGGGCAGUGGAGAGUGCUCCACUGAUGGUGGCUACCGGAGCAGCAUAUGGGAGCAGGGUGACAUUCUGGGCUCUGACUCAGGUGCUUCCUUGGAGGAGGGGCUGGAGACCCCAGUUCUUGGCCUGGCUGGACCUGAGCUCUGUUACGAGGCCGAGAGCCCUGACGAAGCAGCCCUGGUGCAUGCUGCCCAUGCCUACAGCUUCACGCUGGUGUCCCGGACGCCCGAGCAGGUGACAGUACGCCUGCCCCAGGGCACCUGCCUCACUUUUGACCUCCUCUUCACCCUGGGUUUCGACUCUGUCAGGAAGAGGAUGUCCGUGGUGGUGAGGCACCCACUGACUGGUGAGAUCAUCGUCUACACCAAGGGCGCUGACUCAGUCAUCAUGGACCUACUGGAAGACCCAGCCUGUGUGACUGACAUUAAUGUGGAAAAGAAGCUGAAGAAAAUCCAAGCCCGGACCCAAAAACACCUGGACCUGUAUGCAAGAGAUGGUCUACGAACCUUAUGCAUUGCCAAAAAGGUCGUAAGUGAAGAGGACUUCCAGAGAUGGGUCAGUUUCCGACGUGAGGCUGAGGCAGCUCUGGACAACCGAGAUGAGCUUCUAAUGGAGACAGCACAGCACCUGGAAAAUCAACUCACCUUACUCGGAGCCACUGGGAUCGAAGACCGGCUGCAGGAAGGAGUUCCAGAUACGAUUGCUGCCCUGCGGGAGGCUGGGAUCCAGCUCUGGGUCUUGACAGGAGAUAAACAAGAGACAGCAGUCAAUAUUGCCUACUCCUGCAGACUGUUAGACCAGGCUGACACUGUGUACUCCAUUAAUACAGAGAGUCAGGAAACCUGUGAAUCCAUCCUCAACUGUGCACUGGAAGAGGUAAAGCAAUUCCAUGAACCACAAAAGCAAGACCGCAAGCUCUUUGGGUUUCGUCCACCUUCCAAGACAUCAUCUACCACCUCAGCUAUGGUUCCUGAAGUUGGAUUGGUCAUCGAUGGGAAGGCAUUGAAUGCCAUUUUCCAGGGACAGCUGGAGAAGAAGUUUCUGGAGUUGACCCAGUACUGCCGGUCUGUCCUGUGUUGCCGCUCCACCCCACUCCAGAAGAGCAUGAUCGUCAAGCUGGUGCGAGACAAGUUGAGCGUCAUGACCCUCUCUAUAGGCGAUGGAGCAAAUGACGUAAGCAUGAUUCAAGCUGCUGAUAUUGGCAUUGGAAUUGCUGGGCAGGAAGGCAUGCAGGCCGUCAUGUCCAGCGACUUUGCCAUCUCCCGCUUCAAGCACCUUAAGAAGCUUUUGCUUGUACAUGGCCACUGGUGUUACUCACGCCUGGCCAGGAUGGUGGUGUACUACUUCUACAAGAACGUGUGCUACGUCAACCUUCUUUUCUGGUAUCAGUUCUUCUGUGGUUUCUCUGGCUCCACCAUGAUCGAUUACUGGCAGAUGAUAUUCUUCAAUCUCUUCUUCACCUCUUUGCCUCCUAUCAUCUUCGGAGUCCUCGAUAAAGAUGUCUCUGCAGAAACUCUCCUGGCAUUGCCUGAACUGUACAAGAGUGGCCAAAAUUCUGAGUGCUACAACACGAUGACCUUCUGGAUUUCCAUGCUGGAUGCAUUCUACCAGAGCCUCGUGUGUUUCUUUAUCCCUUACCUGACCUACAAAGACUCUGAUAUUGAUGUCUUUACCUUCGGGACGCCAGUCAACACCAUCUCCCUCAUCACAAUCCUCCUGCACCAGGCAAUGGAAAUGAAGACUUGG